AUGAAACUAAAGUGGGUGGGCAUGGCUUCAAGAAGGCUUCUUGCUCUAAGUCUCUUUGUGCUUGUCAAUACCUUGGCCACCACUCAGCUAGCUCAUGCAGCCAAACCUCAUUCCAUCUCCUACUACAAUCGUACCAGCUUCCCUUCUGAUUUCCUCUUCGGAACUGCCUCCGCAGCCUACCAGUAUGAAGGUGCUGCAUUCGAAUAUGGGAGAGGACCUAGCAUAUGGGAUAAUUUUACUCACCAGUGGCCUAACAGUUCCUCCAAUCUGACUUUUGCAGAGAAAACUAACGGCGAAAACGGUGACGUAGCUACUGACUUUUACCACCGUUACAAGGGUGACACCCAGAUAAUGAAGUUCCUGGGGAUGAAUGCUUUCAGAUUCUCCAUUUCAUGGUCUCGGAUAAUACCAACUGGGAAGCUGAAGGAUGGAGUGAACCCGAAAGGCAUCCUUUUCUACAAGAAUCUCAUCGAUGACAUCAUUGCAAAAGGGAUGGUACCCAUGGCGACCCUCUUCCACUGGGAUCUUCCUCAAGGCCUAGAAGACGCAUAUGGCGGCUUUUUGAGCUCUAAAGUAGUGGCUGACUUCGCAGAUUUUGCAGAUCUUUGCUAUAAACAUUUUGGUGACCGAGUUAAAUAUUGGAUUACAUUAAAUGAGCCAUGGACUUUUUGCUGGCAAGGUUAUGACAUAGGCACAUUGGCACCCGGCCGUUGUUCGGCAUGGAUGAACAGGAAUUGCACCGGUGGAAAUUCCGGAACUGAACCCUACAUUGUUGGUCACAAUAUGCUUCUAUCUCAUGCGGCCGCUGUCAAAGUCUACAGGGAUCGUUAUCAGGUGGCAAAGAGUUGCAAUAUUAAAUCAUCUUCAUCCUCCUCCUCCUCCUCCUCCUCCUCCUCUUCUUCUUCUCCUUCUUCUUCUUUUAACAGUUUUAUCUUUUUAGUUGUGCGCUCUCAACCUUCCAAUCAGGCUCUGGAAAAAUAUCAAAAGGGCAAGAUCGGGAUUACAUUAGUCUCCCAUUGGUUCAUUCCCUAUCACAACACCACGGCCGACAGUGAUGCAGCUCGGAGAGCCAUUGAUUUCAUGUUUAUGACCCCAAUACACUACGGGCAUUACCCUAAAAUCAUGCAAAAAAACGUCGGUUCCCGGCUACCCAGCUUCACCGCUGCUGAAACGGUGAUAGUGAAUGGAUUGAAUUACUACACCAGCAAUUAUGCUGCCGACGUUAGCUAUGUGAACCCUGUCAAUCUCAGCUUUUCAACAGAUAACCACGCUAAUCUUACAACGCACCGAGAUGGGGUAUCUAUUGGAAUACCGGAGGGAGUAAACGAUUUUUACGUCUACCCACAAGGAUUAACAGAUCUCCUACUCUACAUAAUGACCAAGUACCAAAAUCCAACCGUCUACAUUACCGAAAACGGGAUGGGUCAAGUUGACGUCCACGAAGUGGAAAAAGGAGUCAACGAUCCUCAGAGAGCAGUAUUCUAUGCCGACCAUCUUAAAGCUGUUGAAACGGCCAUGAACAGUUUAAUAUUUGGUACUAAUCCUGCUAGUCAUGACAGGGGUGGCGCGAACGUAAAAGGUUACAUUGCAUGGUCCUUUUCAGACAACUUCGAAUGGUCUGCUGGCUAUAAUCCAAGAUUCGGCAUUGUUUAUAUUGAUUACAAGAAAAAUCUUACGAGACACCUCAAACGUUCGGCAUAUUGGUUCAAGAAAUUUUUGCUUGCUUAA